AUGCAGAGCAUGCAAAGGCGAUUUGGCAAGUUCUUGCCGAGGAGUGCGGAUGAAACCCAAGUCGCUGUACUGCUCAAUGACUUUGAUGAAGCUGACAAAAUGCUCGCCAAGAUCAUUGACGCGGCCAAAGCAUGGAGAGACUCUUGGAGGGAUAUUCUCGGUACACAGCAACGACUCGCUCACGGCUUCCAAACCAUGUAUUCUCCAAUUGUUGGGGCUGAUGAGAAUUAUACGGCACACGAGCCCGGGAUUACUCCCCAUCAUAUAAUGGAGAGGACGAUCAAGUUUCACACGUCUUAUGAUGAGCUCCGGACAGAUCUACUUGAAGAGGUGGCUAUGGUCGAUACACGGAUAAUCAAGCCUGCGACGGAAGCAAAAGACUGCAUUCAGCCAAUGAAGAAAGUCAUCAGAAAGCGAGGAGAUAAGAAGCUGGACUUCGAGAAGUAUCAAAAGCGAGUCGAAACAGGGAGGAGCAAGACUAAAAGAUCCGAUCGAGAUAAUGCAUCUCUCGAGAAGGCUGAGGCGGAGUUGAUCAGAGCGAAAGAUGAAUACCAAAUUGCAGAUGAUCAUCUCAAGACUAGUCUUCCGCCUGUCGUUACCGCCGCAUUCUCCAUUCUCCCUCAUCUCCUCGCAGCCCAGAUCAUGACACAAAACACACUCCUUGCCCAGUCCUACACACUCUUACAUGACUUCUGCGACGGAGAGAGCUUCCCGGAUCCUCCACCUUCCGCGAAUGCAAUCAUGUCGACUUGGGAUGUAGACUUUCGACCGGUCAAACAAGAGGUCGAGAACAUAGCUUGCAUUGCCGGAGGAAAGACUGUCCGGAUGUCGAUGAAGAUCGAUGAAAAACCACACGGGUCAGUGACCGGCCUGAACAUUCGCAAUGGCAUAUCCUCUCAACGCCAUCCUGGUCAGUCACGCAUAGAGGACAAGCCCCACAACUCAAUGAGCAGUUCCAAUAUCCGCAAUGGUAUCUCUGCUUCACGACGGCCGAGCGGUAACCAGUCUAACGCGCUGAUGCCCCCAUCUCCAGCGAUGAGUGCUUCGCCAGAUCCACCUUCACCGGAAUACAGGGAGCAUUCACGACCAAGGAUAUCAUCCGUUCCUUCACAAACCUCGCUGGGCUUAGCCACACCGAAUUACACCUCAUCAGCUGUUGCGAGUCCAUCACCAGGCGAUACAGCGAUGCAUGCCCCUGCCGGUCCUCGUGGGGACUACUUCAAUCGUGAUCGGCUACCAUCCACUUCUUCUAUGGCUAUGGCAUCGAUUGCAGCAGGGAAAAAAAAGCCGCCGCCACCACCUCCCCCCAAAAGGAUUCCUUCGGCGCAAGGAAUCUGGGUGGUAGCUCUGUACGAAUUCGCAGGUCAGGGACAUGGUGAUUUGGUUUUCAGGGAAGGCGAUCGAAUAAAGGUGACCAAAAAGACGGAGAGCACGGAUGACUGGUGGGAAGGGGAGCUUGAUGGAGUCCACGGGAGCUUCCCAGCAAAUUAUUGUCAGCUUGCAUAG